AUGAACCCCUUAAAAAGCUUUUGGGUUUUGUUGAAUAAAAUAAACCACUGUCCUCAUCCUGGGCAGAGCAUCUCUGUUUUACAAUUAAUCAAGAUUAAUGUCUCUGGCAAACAUAGCCCAAUGUCCAUAUGGGCCCAUUUAUGUUUCAAUCGAAAGCUUGCCUUACAAAGCCCACCAACUUCUCCUUCUUCUCCUGCUUCUCUUCCUUCUUCCUCCAUCUCACCGUACGUACGUAACGCAGCCAUGUCCCUUCUACGCAAUUGUAGUGAAUUACACCUCUCUGCGCCAGCUCCAUCUCCGAUUCCCACCGGAACAGGAUCACGCUCCGCUUGCAAUGAGAUAUUGAGCGACUACCUAGCCAAGUCCUUAAAAGUCCCUGACCUUUCUCUCCCACAUCUUCACCCUCCGCUCAAUGAGGCUGAUCACAUUCCCGCAGAAAUCGAAAACCCAUCCUUAGAAUUGAGGGAUUAUGAGACUAUUGAUAGGCUGUUGAGGUCCGCCAGGGAAUUCGGAGCUUUCAGGAUCACUUGCCAUGGGAUUUUUGGGGACGAGUUACGCUCAUUCGUCCAUGAAGCCGAUAGGAUUUUCCAAGAUGUAGAGCAGGCAGAUAUAGGAUUGCGAGGGAAGUCUAGUGGGCGUAAUCAGACUAAGGAGCAGAUUGCGUGGGUUCGUUCCAGGAAGGAAAGAACGAAAUGCAUUUCAAACUACUUCCUGCCGGAAAAAUAUCAGGAUUUUAGUGAAAAGAUGGACAAUAUUGCUAUCAAACUUGAUGCGAUUGCUGAGCUGUUAGGUAAUAUUUUUGUCGAAAACAUAGCUAGAAUGCAAUUUGGAAAGAGAAUCCAAGGGAACGAGUCUGUCCUCAGUUUAUAUAGAUACAACCACAGUGAUAAUAUGCUACAACAUCUGUCUACCCUGAAUGAGAGAAAUAGCAAACCUUGUGAUUUUACUUUCUGCCUUCACCUUCCUGCAACACCAUCUCGAUUUUUUCUCCGGUCAGCACAUGGUCCUUUGUCUUUUGAUGCAGGGCCAGACACCAUCGUUGUCAUUGUAGGACACCGUAUUGAGGAAUGGAGCAUGGGGGACUUCAUAUGUGUCUGUAAGGAAGUAAUCUGCGUGCCUCACCUCCAAGAAAGCCAAGCUCGUCUCUCUAUAGAGCUCAAGUGCUUGUCUUUAAAUUUUGAUCCUAAUUCCAAGAAAAUUUGUAAUGCAAUCUCCAUUAGAGAUCAAAUCCUGUUUGUGCUAGUUAUUGGUUACUUAUACAAAAUUUAUGUUUUUCUAUUUUCAUGACUUGCAAACAUAGAAGCACAUUCAAAACGUCAGUGUGCUUUUUCUCGGCUGACAAAUAGGUGAAAUUGUUUCAAUAUAUUUUAUUAAUAUAAUUAUUAGAACUGGAGACCUCAGCUAAAGCUCAUUAGUUUUUACACAAUUUGGUGUUUGACAGCAGGAAGCUUCAUUUGUCAAAACUACAUUUUUACUGUGGGUGUGAGGAAGUUUCAGUUCAGUUAGUUGAGAUAUCACUUUAUGAGGCGACCCAUGAAAUCCAAUGAAAUAACAACUAAGAAUACUGGGUUUAAAAUGGCUUAUAUAGAUGAAGUGGAAUUAGGUGAAGUACCUUGUAGCAAGGGGAAAAGAAAGAAUCCUACCAUAUAGAUAAUCCUUGUAAAGAUAUUGAGCCGUCACAUCUUUAUCUUGCUUCCAAGUUUGCACCAAAAGUCUUACCGUCUUUAUGGGAUUGUCGGUUCUUUGUAUUUGACGUUUGCUUCAAGUUAACCUACUGUAGAAGGGUUUUGUAAUCCCUUGAAUUCCUCAGUUAUUGAAACCCAAAAGUUGCUUCUUCUGAUGCAAGUC